CGUUCCUGCAAAACGAUAUUUGCCGUUUCCGGCAAAGAUCCAAAAGAUAUUCGGUCAACUGACACGAGGCAAUUAUUGGGUUUUCAAGCAAUGCUUGCAUCAAAACCAAUUGACAACCAUGGCAACAGAGAGGUCCGAAAGUACAGCAGCAACGCCGAGGACCCUCAUCAGUCAGCUGCAACAAUGGGAAGAUUUUUAUACCAAAGCCAGUCAUCUGAUCUGCAAUGCCUCCAACGGCGGUAAUCAGGGGAAGGAUCAUUCCAAGAAAACUACCAAGACAAAUGUUGCCAAGAAAUUGCGGGGGAAACGGCGGCGACAGAAAAACAAUGCUGCUCCAAUGGACCCACAAGCCGUGCUGUCACAAUUCCAAUCCAUCCUCUUUUCUCUGAGAAAAUUGCUGUCAUCGCUAGAUCAGUCUACCAAGGAACAUGCCUGUAAAAAUGGAGCCAUUUCCAUCAUUGUCAAGAUGGCCAAUUUUGUUUUGCAACAAGAUGCCUCCCUGCCAAACAGCAACCAGCAAAAAUUCCUCUCCUUAGUCUGCAAAUCCCUUCAGACUUGCGUCUUUCAGAAUCCUGCAGGUAGAGCCGUCUGUCGAAGGGAAGGGGUAUUUCGGUUGCUACACAGAAUAGCAGUCUCAGUCUCUGCAAAAACUCCAGCAGAAGCAUCAACAAUGGCACUGGAAUUACUGGAGGAUGCAUUCACCUCUUUGGCAGCCAUUUGCUUGGGAGAUGACCUGAAUGCUGUCUUGGCUGCACUGCAAUUGGGUGAGGUUGUUCAAGACCACCUGAACCAAAAAGUCGCCAAUGACAACAGCAAUAGCAGCUCUCUAGAUCAAACCUUACGAUACCUACAAAAACUCUUUCAAGUCAUUCGCAAAGAACAGUCACAGCUGCUGGAACACUACCAAGCCCAACAAGUACUGGAAACAAUCCUGGAGGCAGAACAGGACUUGCACAGUGGAAAUCUUCGGCUUCGGAACCGACAGUGGACACAAGCGGAGACGGCCUUUCACCGUGCUUUGCAGUCUUCUUAUCGAUUCGAGGAGCAUACCACGCUGUUGGAUGAAUUGUUGGUCCGGUUAUUGGAUGGACGUUCUGAUGCGAGACUGCAUCUGGAAGAUUUGGACGGUGUUUUGCAAGAUGUAAAACACCAAGAGAGACUGUUGCAUCGACUGCUGGCAACAUCCACAAGUACGACGACAUCCGCGGCUUCCACAAGUAGGACCAACAAACUGGUCCGAGAAUGGCGCAUGGCGGCUUUGACGCGCCAAUCGGAUGCCUUGAAAGGACUGGCACGCUUUGGAGAAGCACAAGAAGCGCUAGAGUGUGUCAUUCGUGUCAUGGAGCAACAAGCCAAACUGGGAGUUCAGUCACCGACCGUGGGGGAAAAGGUUGCAAAUCUGCACAAAAAAUGGAAUCAGUUGCAGUUGGCGAAAUCCAAGGCUGUUGCUAUUACGACCAGGCAAGGGGAGAAUCGUCGUUUGCGCUCUAAUGGUGAAAAUGACAGCACGACACUGGUAGUAACAGUGACAGCUCAGUCUAUUACAACAGCCAACACUAGCGAGGCGGCUGAAGAUAAAGACGAUGGCAAGGAGAGCCAUGACGAAAGCGGCCGUCAAUCGGAGACGGAGAAUGACGACGAGGGACGAAGCCACAGCUCGGAACGGACGGGGGAAACUGAGGAGGAUGAAUGCAUCGACACAACGACAACAAGCACUUCUGCAUCGCAACCCAAGGCCAAGCCAGGAACGUAUGUCCAGUGCCUGUAUGGUACUGGUACGGUACAAGAAGUCCGCAAGUGUGGGACUACCAAAAUUCAGUUGCUCUCAUGGUCACCGGGGAGACAAGCGCCGACCGCAUAUCUCAUGCCUGGCUACUACACGGUGUUGAAUGGAGGUGUCGAUGUUGCAUCGGAGUGAGAGGACGGGGGGACUACUCCGCAAGCAGUACGUGUAUUCAUUCCAACAGCAAACGAGCAGGGACGGGACGAUGUAUGUAGCAACUCUAUUGUUUGUGAUUAAAAAAAACACUGCCUUCGCAACAACAGUGAUUUACGCUUUACAUAGAAGCCCAGAGCAGUCUUCACGUUGAUUGAACAGCUCAAACAAGCGGAAACCCUCCAAUCUGAGUGUAUAAUCCAGCUGGGCCCACAUUCUCUCCUUUGGCAAACCAUUCAAUCUUUUGAAUUCUGCCGUCGUGAAAAGUAAUGUGCAUAUCUUCAGGGUCAUUCACAACUCGAGUGUUGCUAGCUUCAAUGGGAGGGAAUGGACCAACACCAUAAGGGGCCCCUGAAUGAGUACCACUGGCAAUAGCAUGAUGGAUUUUUAGGACACCGUCCUUGCCCUGGCUGACUGACUUGUGCUUGAUUGAGAAGUCGGGGAAUGAGUCGGAGAGUUUCUUGGAUUCCUCUGCAAAGUCUUCCCAGGCCAUUUCAUGCACAAAGCUGCCAUCCAAAGCACGGAACACAAAAGCCGCAUCAUCAGUCAACAACAGUGUGGCACCUCUGAGGUCAUGAUUGUUUAUGCAAGCAAGGAAAUCCCCGAACGUGGCAAUCUGAGGAUUAGUAAUACCCGUACUAGUAGGGUCAAAAACAAUGGGCUCGUCUGACGAGCCAACACUAGAUUCUUCUACACAGGUAUUACAUAUUCUUUUUCCAUCUGCUUCGGAUGCCAUGUCCCUCUUCUUGGGGGGCAGGGACAACAUUUUGUCCUUAGCUCCCUUCACUUGUUUUGCAAUGGCCUUUGAAAUCUUCAUGUUGCUGGUGAAUGUUGCUUUCUCUGGAUUUUGUGGGGACAGGUGAAAUUGUGAUGGAUUUGCCCUUUCCACCAAAGUCGCCACAGAAACCACCCUCGCUGGAGAUGAUAACCUGCAAACUUGCUGUACAGUACCGGUCAUUUAGAUAACUUCUAGCUAGCCAGUAGUAAAAAGGUGGCUGUGCCAGGAAGACAUCAUUAGAAUGGCAGUUAAGGUAAAUAUAGAUCUACAGAUAUUCAUGUA